AUGCAGGACAUGUACGAGGACAGGAAGUCACAAGGAAUCUCACUGAGGGUAGAUGAUUCUGAUGAGUCCGAGUCGGAUGACGGACCACCUCAGAAAGGAGAUCCAUUCUAUGAAUCGUAUGAGAACCACAAUCUGAUUGGGGUAGCUAAUGUGUUUCUGGACUGUCUUUUUUAUGAUGUUAAACUGGACUAUCAAGUACCAAUCAUCAGUCAGCAGGGAGAGGUUGCCGGCAAACUACAUAUGGAGAUAUCUAAGCUGGGCAGCGGGAUCAUGGAUCGUUAUGCAGACAUAAAUGAUGAUAGUGACAAUGAGGAAGGCAAUGAAGAUGAUGCUGAUCAAUCAAUGUCAGUAAAGAUUUGUGAAGCAAAAGGCCUGCCAAAGGAUCUAUCAAAUUUUGUGUUCUGCCAGUACUCUUUCUGGGGUCAUGAUGACCCCAUCUCUGUCCCACCAGAGAUACACCCAGACACUAGUAAAAAGGACAAUGUGGCUAGAUCCAACUCUCUUGUUGACAGAUGGCAUGAAGUAACCAGGAAAAUAGAACUGUGGAUUGAGAUACAUGAAGUUAAUGACCAAGGUGAAUAUGCCCCUGUAGAGGUCAAACCUCAGGCUGACGUCCCAGCUGCCGGAGUAUUUCAGCUAAGACAGGGCCAUGCCAGACGUAUACUCACUCGUAUAAAGUCCCGGGGUGACUCAGGCACUCUUCCAUUAAUCUGUGAUAGUAUAAGCUCGCUUGCCAUUGGUUGUAUUUGUGCCCGCUCCAAGAUACAGAAAGGCUUGGACAGUUACCAAGAGGAAGAUCUAGGUCAUUUGAGAGAUCGCUGGAAUGAUGCUUUAUCAAGGAGGCAUAAAUAUCUGGACAGCCAAAUACAGAGUCUUAUAAAUAAAACUGAUAAAACUGAAGCAGACUGUGAUAGAGAAAGCGCAUUAAUAGACCAGUGGGUAUCACUGACUGAGGAAAGAAAUGCUGUGAUGGUUCCCGUAGCAGGCAGUGAAAUUCCAGGGGCACCAGCAGACUGGGAAGCUCCGCCUGACAUGGAACAACAUCGACCAGUGCUCUUUCUGGAUUUAAAUUGUGUGUGCCAUUGCAUCUUGGGAUUCUUCAAUCCAUGACUGGGCGAACCUGAAUCGUAUAACUGGAGCAGAAGAUCGUGUGUAUUUGAUACUUAAGGUGGUGUUGCGACUAAGUCACCCUGCUUACAUGGAAGUUGUGCUGCGUAAACGUAUCUGUGUGAAUGUAAAACAUCGUAA